AUGACAGCAAACACUGAAAAGGAACUCAUCCUAAUCACAGGAGGUACAAACGGUGUUGGUCUAGAGACUGUGAUAUACAUUGCCUCUGCUUCACCGAAAUACCACAUUAUCAUCGGCGCGCGCAACCUCUCCAAAGGCGAGAAAGUCCACAAAGACGUACAGGCCAGGCCCGGUAUCCAAGGCACUGUUUCCGUCGUUCAACUCGAUGCCACCGAUGACGCAUCCAUCCAGGCAGCAGCCAAAAAAGUUGAGCACGACUUUGGCCGUCUCGACGUCUUGAUCAACAAUGCCGGUAUAUGCCCGGAGCGAGACGGCCAGUGGCCCGACCGCAAGGUCCUCCAGGAUACCUUUGAGACCAACGUGUUCGGCCCUGCCAUAGUCACUCAGGCUUUCAUCCCAGUGUUGAAAAAGUCCUCUAGCCCGCGCCUCGUCAACGUCACGUCGAUAAUGGCCAGCAUAAGCUCCAUCUCGGACCACAGCUUGCCUUAUUCAGGCGCCCGUUAUCCUGGCUACCGCAUGAGCAAGGCAGCGCUGAACAUGCUGACGGCAUACCAGUACUUCCAGCUCAAGUCUGAAGGAUUCAAAGUGUGGGCGUUCUGCCCUGGCUACGUCGCGUCGGACAUUGGAGGUGACAAGGAAGAGAGAAUCAAGCAGGGUGUUGACAGUACCGAAACAAGUGCGAAAGGCUUGUUGGAGAUUGUCGAGGGUCAAAGAGAUGAGCAUGUGGGCUGCUUCAUAGGCCGGAAUGGAGCCAAGUACGAGUGGUAAAGGGUGCUAGAAGCAGAGUACAUGAGGACGUCCAUUUUGCAACUCAAUUCACGUGGUAACAGCACAGGCCUAUGAUAUCCC